AUGGAAUGCAAUGAAGGGCAAAAUGGAAAGGAACUUGGUUUAGAGACUGUUCGAGCCCUACAUCAGACAGUUGUAGCCUUGAGAGCUGCUUUAGAAGAGAGCAAAACUGUAAUCUCAGAACUCAGAAGUAAAUCCUGGCCUAUUGAAGCUGUCCAGCAAGCUCUUCAAGCUUUAUCAAUUGAAAAUCAUGUAUUGAGGAGAAAACUAUUGGAUGCUGAUGGAUUGAUGAAAAUUGAUAAAGCAAGUGGAACCAAAUAUAUACCAACUACAGAAGAUGAAAGUAUCAGUAAAAUUGUGAAUAAUCAAAAGAUUGACUUCUGUCCGACGGAAAAACAUAGUGAAAUUGAAAAUAAUCCUGCUACAUUCCAGGCUUAUUCACAGCCAAAGCCAAAGAAAGUUACAAUAAUAUCACCAAAACUAAGUCCAAAGAAGUCUUCAGGAAACUUAGAAGCUCGAAUCACUGUGAAAACAAAGACCUUAGCAGCUAAAAAACUUUCAAGAUCUCUGGAGAGCCUCACUGUGAUAAAAUCUCCUUUAGAAUCGUCUAACCAAUUCUCUUUCACCAAAACCGUUAGUUUCUCGAAUCUUUCGAACAAAAUAACUAGAGGAUUUAAAUUGCACUCAGACAAGAAAACCAAUAUGAGUGAGGAAAAUAGAAAUAUGAAAGAACGCACGGAAAAUGGCAGACUUGAGGAACAUAGCGAGGAACCGCUGAGCCCACAAAAUGAUUUGGACCAAAACGAAGAAGUCGAUGAUAUCGAGUUGAUAUUCACAACUGAUGAUACCAAGGAUUCCGACUUCAAAGAACAUCUUGUGUCUAUCGAUCCCGGAGAGGCAACACAACCAACCAUGAAUUUGCUACAGCUGGCAUUGAGUGAAGUGGACCCAAAUCUUGAAACCUCUGACAGAGAACUUGAAGACGAUGUGUUCAAUGACAAUUUUGAUAACGAAAACCAGGAGAAUGCGAAUAUAUCUUUCGAUUUCAAACGUGAAAAUUCUCAGCUUUACGAUUCUAAAUCCGACAAUUCUAUCAACCAAGAAAAGAGCAUGAAGAGUUAUUACUCAUUCCAAGAUUCCAGUUUCGAGAACAGAUCUUUGGAAAAAGAUGAGAGCUUCGAUAGGUUCGAGGAGAGGAUAAGGAUUGUGGAAACGGAUAUUUCAAAGUGUGGUAUUCAGGAUAUUGAUUAUACAGGAGGACGAAGGAAUACUUGUCCUAACCCCAUACAGUAUCGGCCUCUUUUACACAGAGAAGCAAUGUCGAAAGUUAGCCGUAAAAGUAGACCAAUUUUAACUCAUUCUAAUGCUGUGAGAAAGGAGUCAGAGGCUCAGACUGAUAUAUCGGCUAUUCCAGGGUCUUCAUGGAGGUCAGAAAGUAGUUUGGCUAGCAAAGCAAGAUUAGGAGACAACUUCACAACUCUUCCUUCGAAAUAUCCACUGCCAGGCAGUAGACUGAGGCUAUCUGAAAAAACUGUGGAAGCCAGGCGUGUACUACUUUCAGACAUUGGAUUCACCAGCAUGGUUCCUGAAUUGUCUAGAUCUGCCGAUCACUUAUUUCCGCCAAAUAUCAAGAUGACAGGGACCACACCAAAUUAUGGGCAGUUUCUGAAAACAUCGGAUCUUUAUUCUCCUGCAUAUACAUGCCCGCAGUCCCAGAAAUUCACCUGGACCACGACAGCCACGGCCACCCCGAGCGAGGGCAGCCGAUGCCCGUCGACCUGCGGCAGCGCGUACCCCUUCCCAUCACCGCCCGCCCCCGCACGUCGCUGCUCGGCGCCCGUGUCGCCGUCGCACCGACCGUACGCGGGGCGGCCGCCGCCCAUCAACGCGCGCGUGCGCUUCGCCAACGGGUCGCUGCCCGAACUGCGCGGCGAGUGGGCGACCGGGGCGGACAGUGGUGACUCCACCGACAGCCUGGUGGACGAGGCGGAGCACUAUCUGCGCCGGUCGAUCGACUGCAUCACGAGCGGCAGGGAUUCUGCGCCGGCUUACAGCCAGUCAAGAACCAAAUCGGUCCUCCGCCGAGCGUCCGCCCCGGAACCGGCCGGCGACAACGUGCCGCCCGCGGGCUGGUUGCCCUUCCUGCCGCGCGCACCCCGCGACCUUAAGCCCGACCACUGGGCGAAGGUCAUCACGGCCGAGGGCAGGGUGCGGGGCGGCCGGGUGAGGUACGUCGGCCCGGUGGGCGGGCAGCGCACGGAGACACAGGUGGGCGUGCAGCUGAGCGCGCCGGACGGGUACUGCGACGGGGCGGUGUCGAACAGGCGGUACUUUCAGUGUGAACCAUACCACGGUAUUUUUGUUCCAUUCAAAAAAGUUAUUAUGGGAUGGAGGCCAUAA